GACCAGGACUACUUUGUUUGUGGAGUAAACGUGCCGCCGAGCGUCGGGACUUACACGUUUUGAGGAGGAGUAGCAAACUUUCAGAGCGGUUAUCUCCAUCCCUCAUCUGAGCGCGAGAGCACCGCCACGGACCAGAUCCUUCCUCCAUCAUCAUCAUCAAGUUGACAUGCGCAAUCCGCACGCGGGCAUCCACACACGUAGCCGCGCGCGUAUUUCAGCGACCCCGCUCUCGCUCGAGUCCCUCACACGCGCCUGGUGGAUGGUUCCGCGCCGACAUGUCCCGGAGGAAACAAGCCCAGCCUCGGCAGCACUGGUCCGGCCAAGAGGAGCGCCAAGACGACUCUCUGGAAGGCAUGGACCAAAAUGAGCCCCCUGAGUUUGAUGGUUCGACCAGCAGCGAGGAGACACACGUUUGCGACAAAUGCUGUGCUGAGUUUUUCACAUGGACUGAGCUGCGAGAGCACCAAAACAUCUGCACCGAAGAUCAGUUGGUGCUGAUUGUCAAAGAGAAUAACGGAACGAAGGAAUCCCCGACGAGAUCUUUUUCACGGCCGAGUCUUGCUUCCAGCGAUGCGUCUGCCGCAGAGUCAUUGGAUGGCUGCUUCGACCUGGAAGACAACGACGAUGAAAGCUUGGCAAAUUUGGAGGACGGAGGAGAGUUGGAGGAAUCUAUGGAAAGUGAACUUUGUCCAAAGGAGAAGACCAAGGAGGCCUCCAGUUUACAGCAGUCGGAUCCAAGUGAGUCCUUACCUCCACUGCUUGUCGCGUCGCCUGGCUACGCCAUGCCGAGUACAAACGUGACCCUGGAGAUCCUCCACAGCACCAGCGUGGCUGUUGCUCAGUUUUCCCAGGGGAUCAAAAACAGCAAAGCAGGAGGGAAAGGCGCUGCUGCUGCCAUCCCAGUCAUCCUGGAACACUUGUUAGCCCUACAACAGCAGCAGGUCCACCAAUUACAGCUCAUUGAACAGAUCUGCAACCAGGUAUCGAUCAUCAACAAGCAACCAACAGAGGGAGCAAUCAACCCCCCACCCAGGUCUCUGGGUCUAAAUCCUUUCGCUAGCGUUAUCUCGCAUCCCAUUUUGCCUCUGUCCGCUACGAUUCCUUCCGUGGUCAAUGGACACGCUGCUCUUUCUUCAAUGUCCGACAAGAUACAAAACCCUCCAGCACAGACUGUUUGUGGUCAGUCCUCUUUUAAGAAAACCACAGGUACCUCAGAGAUAGCAGCUUCAUCGCCUUCCAACAGCAGCACCACGGUGUCGACAUUAUUACCUCCUUACACAGGCUCACACUCCACCAGCAGCACCCCAACACUGAGCUCCACCAGCCCUCUCUCCUACGGCCACAGCGGUCUUAUGAGCUCCUCUCCUAAUCUACCGUUUCUACCUCAGAGCCCCCCCAGCAGUGUCAUUUUCCCGAACCCCUUAGCCAGCAUCGCAGCUACCGCCAACGCACUUGACCCACUCGCAGCCUUCAUGAAGAACCGGAGAGGAAAGCUGCAGAACGUGUCCUUGUUUGAGACUAAGCCCAGCCAAGAGGAGCCCUUCUUCAAGCAUAAAUGCAGGUUCUGUGCCAAAGUGUUUGGCAGCGACAGCGCUCUGCAGAUCCACCUGCGCUCACAUACAGGAGAGCGUCCGUUCAAAUGCAACAUCUGUGGCAACCGCUUUUCCACAAAGGGGAACUUAAAAGUACACUUCCAGAGGCACAAAGAGAAGUACCCUCAUGUGCAGAUGAAUCCUUACCCAGUGCCAGAGUAUCUUGACAGUGUGCCAACAACCACUGGAAUCCCAUACGGAAUGUCCGUCCCCCCUGAAAAACCUGUCUCGACUUGGAUAGAUAGCAAACCUGUUGGUACAACGCUACCUGCAUCUGUAGGUCUUCCACUAUCGUCUGCCAUGAGUAGUACCAGAAGCUCAAAUGUCUCUCUCAGUGGGUGUUUAUCGCCACCCAGGCAGGCACCCGAAUCCUCACCAUUAUCACCUAGCCAGAAAGGUAGCGAUGCAAGUUUCCAUUUCAGCCAACAAAACUCCACCAUGAGACUGAAAGUUGUCUCUAAAACGGAAGCAUCCAGCGCCACUACUCCAUCAACAGAGCCCAUUGGCUCUCAGUCUCCACCGCUGUCUCUGAAGUCAGAGGAAACAAAACCCGCUGGCUUCCUGGAGUCUAUGCAAACUUCCGAAACCUCAAAGCUUCAGCAGUUUGUUGAGAAUAUUGACAAAAAAAUAACAGACCCAAAUCAGUGCGUUCUCUGUCACCGCGUCCUCAGCUGUCAAAGUGCGCUCAAGAUGCACUAUCGAAUUCACACAGGCGAGCGGCCUUUCAAAUGUAAGGUGUGCGGCCGAGCUUUCACCACCAAAGGCAACCUGAAGACUCACAUUAGUGUUCACAGAGAUGACAGCGCUGUUCAGGUGCAACACUCCUGUCCCAUUUGCCAAAAGAAGUUCACUAACGCCCUGGUACUCCAGCAACAUAUCCGUAUGCACAUGGCCAGCCAGGCUUCAGGCCCAUUCCCAGAUGAUGGUCAGCAGGACACCUGCGCUGAGAAAACCAGCCUCAGCAGCAAUGACAAUGAUCUCAUGGAUGAUCUCUCUAUUGACGGCGACAAUAUUGAAGGAGUCGAUGAAGAGAAUGAUGCUGAGGAUUUUUCAACACCUGGUGUUUUGACCUCCACAAGUAAUUCAUUUGAGACUCAAACAAAGCUUGUUGAUUCUAAAGUUAGUCUGCAACACCGCUUUGGUAAAACCUUCGCUAGUGCACCUACAGAUCCAAACAUGAUGCACAUCUCUUCCUCUGACAAAAAAGAGGGAGCACUCAGCACAAGCAGCCCAGAUGCCUUCAGCUCCUCCUGCCCCUCUCACGAAUCCCUUGCUCAGCAUAUUUCUGAGAGCAUGACAUCCAAGUCCCCAAUGGGAGACUGCAGACUUGACUAUGGCGCAGCCUUGGUUGCUUCGGUGAAGAGAGAAGAAACAGAAUUCCCAACAAUCGUCCCGGCAGCUGCAGCUACCCAGGAGCUGAAGGGAACACUAACUGCCAAAUUACGCGUUAAAGAAGAGAAUCCUUUCAGCCUGUCAUCCUCAGCGGGAGAAAGAGGUCAAGGUUGCUACCCGACUGACACCGGCAAAGCCGAGGUGAAUGGUCACUCAAACUCCGAAAACAUGUACCCAGCUUUCAGUGUCCAGAUCCCACCUGCGUAUCCAUCGGUCCCCAGCUCAGAAAUAACGUCACUCCUGGGCCCGGCGCCUUCCCGGCGGACGCCAAAGCAGCACAACUGCAACGUUUGUGGGAAGAACUUCUCGUCAGCCAGUGCCCUUCAGAUCCAUGAGCGCACACACACUGGAGAAAAACCUUUCGUGUGCUCCAUCUGUGGUCGAGCUUUCACCACAAAAGGCAACCUGAAGGUUCAUAUGGGAAUCCACAUGUGGAAUAAUGCGCCAGCGCGAAGAGGCCGUCGACUAUCUGUGGACAACCCGAUGGCCUUCCUCGGAGGAGAGGUGCUGAAGUUUGGAGAGAUAUUCCAGAAGGACCUAGCUGCCAGAGCAAUGAACGUGGACGCAGGAUUUUGGAAUCGAUACGCGACAGCUAUUACUAACAGCCUGUCCAUGAAGAAUAAUGAAAUCUCAGUGAUUCAGAACAGAGGUAUCUCUUCACUUCACCCGGUGACGGCCGGCAUGGACCGAAUGAACACAUCAGGAAGUCCCAAUCUGGGCAAAAACGGGAUGGACCUGGGGAACAGUAGACACUUCUCAAUGCUAAUAGAUGACAGUAAGGAAAUUGGAAUCAAUUAGCUGAACUCGCCACAGAUCCUGGAGAUCUAAAUGAACUGGAACACUUAUGCAAACACAUUGGACUUCUUGUAAACCCUUGUUCAAUAGUAUAUGUGGUGUGUAGAGGUUAAAAGAAAGACUUUGUUUGAAGCAUUGCUCUGGAUGUUUUUUUGGAUGGAUAUUUUCUUUUGUUUAAGCAAACAAUACCUGUGUCCCAGAGAAUUCCUAUGUUGCUUGAAGCACUCUGAACAACAGAAAAAAGACUAUUUAAUCUACAAAAUAUUCACUUUAUCUAUUUUUAGCUUCUUCAUGCUGCCCAGGAAGUGCAAAGCACAAUAUGUCCAUGAUUUCGAGUCCUAACCUGUUUUGUGUCGAAUGUUCAAAGUCUGAUUCCAUGGUGAGAGAAAUAAAAAUA